UGGUGCCAUCUAGUGUCUACAAAGCGGCAUAGUCAAGUUGCAUGAAGUGCAUCCUCGCCACUGGUUGAUGAAGUAAAAAUGCUGUCUGAUGUCAGAUCUAAAGCUUGCGUCACCCCGAGACAAAAUGCGCACCAACUAGUGUCAAAUGAUAGCCGUUAAAUAGUAAGUCGCUGAGAGACAGACUGAAGCUGUGGAACAAGUGGUCAAGAUGGACACCGCCGAGGAAGCAGAUAUAUGUCGAGUAUGUCGGUCAGAGGGAACUCAUGACAAACCACUCUAUCAUCCCUGUGUCUGCACUGGCAGCAUCAAGUUUAUCCAUCAGGAAUGCUUGCUGCAGUGGCUGAAACACAGCAGGAAGGAAUACUGUGAAUUAUGCAAACAUAGGUUUGCAUUUACUCCAAUCUACUCUCCAGACAUGCCUUCUCGCCUGCCUGUCGAAGACAUAUUUGCAGGGUUGCUCACCAGCAUUGGAACCGCCAUCAGAUACUGGUUUCACUACACACUUGUGGCAUUCGCCUGGCUUGGCGUUGUCCCUCUCACAGCAUGUCGUAUUUACAAGUGUUUGUUUGCUGGCUCUGUGAGCUCUCUUCUUACCCUGCCACUAGAUAUGCUCUCAACGCAAAACCUGCUUGCAGAUUGCCUACAGGGUUGUUUUGUGGUCACUUGCACUCUAUGCGCCUUUAUCAGCCUGGUGUGGCUCCGAGAACAAAUUGUCCAUGGUGGUGCCCCUCAGUGGUUGGACCAGAAUCCACCACCUUUGGUUCCUAACCACCCAAAUGGCCCAGUACCAGCUAAUGAGCAUCCUGAUGAUAUAGCUGCUGCUGUCAACAUCGAGGGAGCUAUGAACCCUGACGGUCCACAUGGUCCAUUCCCUGCUAACCCGCACGAGGAUCUGGCGGCACUUAAUGAUGAGGACGAUGAUGAUGACGACGAUGAAGAUGACGAUGAUGAUGAAGAGGAAGAUGAGGAAGACAGAGAAGAGGAUGCUGCCAAUGCCAAUAAUGGAGAAGACUUAAACUGGAAUCCACUGGUGUGGGACCGCGCAGCAGAGGAGCUGACAUGGGAAAGGAUGCUUGGCCUGGAUGGCUCCCUUGUAUUCUUGGAACAUGUCUUCUGGGUUGUAUCGCUCAACGCUCUCUUCAUACUGCUCUUUGCAUUUUUCCCUUAUCACAUUGGCCAUUUCUCAGUGGUAGGACUUGGCUUCGAGAAACAGAUUCUAGCUUCACACUUUGAAGGUCUCCUCACCACCGUAGUGGGUUAUAUCCUCCUGGCUGGAGCGCUUGUCAUCUUCCAUGCGCUGACUUCAUUAGUGAAACUUCAACGUUCCAAGCGUCUUCUGGGACUCUGCUACGUUGUUGUCAAGGUAUCUUUGCUGGUUGUCAUGGAAAUAGGCUUGUUCCCACUCAUUUGUGGCUGGUGGCUAGACCUUUGUUCGCUGGAGAUGUUUGAUGCAACCUUCAAAGACAGGGAGCAGAGUUUCGACUCAGCCCCCGGCACAACCAUGUUUCUCCACUGGCUAGUCGGCAUGGUCUAUGUUUUCUACUUUGCUUCUUUCAUCUUGCUGCUCAGGGAAGUUCUACGACCUGGUGUGCUUUGGUUCUUGAGGAACCUGAAUGAUCCAGACUUCAACCCAGUUCAAGAAAUGAUCCACCUUCCCAUUUACAGACACCUUAGAAGAUUCUUACUCUCUGUGGUGGUGUUUGGUUCCAUAGUUCUUCUGAUGCUUUGGCUUCCUAUUAAGAUGAUUCAGUUCUUCUUCCCCACCAUCCUGCCCUACAAUGUUAUGCUUUACAGUGAUGCUCCUGUGAGUGAGCUCUCAUUAGAGCUGCUGUUGCUCCAAGUUGUCCUUCCCGCAUUGCUGGAGCAGGGUCACACUCGCCAGUGGCUCAAAGGACUUGUCCAUGCCUGGACAUUCACCGUUGGCUACGUACUGGAUCUCCACUCCUAUUUGCUGGGGGAUCAGGAAGACCAUGACAAUCAACCCAACAUCCCUCCUGGCCGCGAUAACAAUGACCAAAUCCCUGACCUCAAUGAGGGGCUUCAUGCUGCCCAUCAGGCCUUCUUGCAGCUGGACGGCCCAAUCGGCUUCCAGCCGUACCACCAGCCGCACAACUUCCUCAUUAAGAUAAUUCUGCUGGUUGUUUUCAUGUGUGUCACACUACUGCUGGCUAGUCUCUUCUGCCUCACGCUACCUGUGUUGGUGGGUCGCUGGCUCAUGUCGUUUUGGAUGGGGAGUGCCAUGGUUCACGAGCUGUACACGGCAGCCGGUGGCCUCUAUGUCUGCUGGUUGUCCAUCCGAGGUGCCACCUUGUUGCUAUCCUGGAUCCCGCAGGGAUGGACUGCCAUCAUGCUUAAAGCCCGUGAGUGGACCCUCAUGAUUGUGAAGACGUUGGUUGUCGCAGCGCUCUUAGCCGGAGUGAUUCCUCUGCUUUUGGGUCUCCUGUUUGAGCAGGUCAUUGUGGCUCCAAUUAGAGUCCCACUAGACCAGACACCUCUCUUCUACCCUUGGCAGGAUUGGGCCCUGGGUGUCCUCCAUUCUAAAAUCAUUGCUGCUGUCACACUGAUGGGCCCUCAGUGGUGGCUCAAGACUGUGAUUGAGCAGGUGUAUGCUAACGGUAUCAGAAACAUUGACCUUCACUUCAUUGUGAGGAGACUAGCUGUCCCAGUUGUCUGCAUUCUGAUGCUGGCUCUAUGUGUCCCCUACAUAAUCUCGAAAGGCAUAACACCUCUGCUGGUUGUGCAGCCGGAGAUGCUGAUACUUGCAGAGAGGAGGAUUUAUCCAUUUUUACUCAUGGUGGUGUCAUUGUUGGUGAUUCUGUCCUUCCAAAUACAGCAGUUCAAACAUCUGUACGAGCACAUCAAGAACGACAAGUACCUGGUCGGACAGCGACUGGUGAACUAUGAAGGCAAAUCUGGAACAAAAAAUUCAUCUGCCUCUUACAGCAACUCUUCAUAGACCUGACACUUGUGUUGGAUCAGUACCUCACUGCUGCCACUAACAUUAGCAACUGUGGUAAAACUCUCUCUGCUUGGUGCAGCUUUCAAAAAUCCUUCUGCCAAAGUAAAAGUGAGAUUGAGGUCUAAAUUGUUGCUUGGCUACAAAAACUCAUAACCAUAGAAGAGUGCCAAAGUUGUUGACUGCCCAUUGUCUAGUUUGUUUUUUCGUUUUGCUUUGUUUACAUGCAAGGAGUUCUCAAUCUCAAUCAGACAAAUCCCAACUCCCUUUAGCUAUUAGACAGUUGUGCUUUGUAUGCUUUUUUUAAUGCUCAAGUUGUGCUUCCUUUUUUUCUGAAACUGGUCAGACUGUUUGACAUUUCAACUAUGUGGGGGAGGGAAGGAGAGACAGACAAUUUCAAUAACAGAAACAUUAGCAGAAAAAAGGUCAGUUUAAAAGACAGCCCACAGACAGGCAACAUUUUAAAUUAGGGAUGUUUUAAUUCAUUUUAUCUUGGCACUGGUUAUUUUUUUAUUCUUCUGGUUAUUUUUUAUUAAUUACUUUCUUUAGAAAAUGUGCUGCUAUGACAUGUGUUCUGACUGAAUAUUUGUCCAAAAAAUAUUAUCACUUUCCAUUGAUCCAUUCUCUGGGGAAGUGCUCAUAUAACCCCUUAACUCAAUAACUUUUUUGUGUUUAUCUAAUCAUUUUGUUUAAUCAUUUUGUUUAAUGUUCCCAAAUUUUCAACAUUUGUAAUUUUUAGUAUUUUAUAUGCAGUCUUUGCACAUGCAUGUAAACCAGCUUCAGGGUGUUCUUACAAUGGCAAGAAUGACUCCACUCUCGUGUACCAUUUACACUGGAAAAAAAGUGCUGACUCGCAUAUAUUCUUGUCAAGCUGAGCCACACAGUUGUAUUUUAUUAAACAUGAAUGUAGUAUUGCAAUGAUAGAUGAGCUUAACAUUAAUUUAAGAUUGUCAGUCCCAACUUCAGUUUGAAUGUUUUGGUUAUCAGCUGCUAUUGUGUGUUCGCGUUUGUGUUUUUAAGUCAGGAUUUUACGAUGGUUGUGUCUUGUUAACAUUACGUUUUGUCAUGCUUGUGGCAUUUCUUUUUUAUGUGUAGCUUUCCUUUUUCUGAAAUAUAUAACUGUACUGCCGAUGUUAAUAAGUGCCCUUUUAGUAUGGCCUUGAUCUAGGUCUUAAAUUUUUAUUUUGGUAGGUAUACACAUUUAUUUUUGUAUGGAAAAAUAACGCAGUGUCAUGGCAACGGAAGGAGAAUUCUAAGUGGAUACAAAAUAAACAGUAUUGUGUUGAUUACA